AUGGCUAAUGAAUUCAGGGGUGUAAGGUUUUCGUUAAAUCAAAGUUCGGGACAUAUUGACAUAAUUAGUGACAAUAAAAAAGAUGAUGGUGUUAAAGUUUUUAAGGAAAUGGAAUUGGGUCGAUUUUAUAUCUUGACCUUAAUUCUAUCCAUCUUGACAUUUAUAUUGGAUUUGUAUUUACAUUGUUGGAUAGCUUAUAUUUAUUAUAAAGCUCAAGAAGUUACAUUUUUUACAUUAACAUUAAUUUUUAUUAUAGUGCCUGCAUUAACGUCUUCCGCAUUCAGCAUGAGGUGGUAUCUUCAGGAUGAAGAUGAGCCAUCAAUGAAGAGGCAGCCUCUUUGGAAAUGGUGUAUUAGAAUAAUUAUGUUAGUGCUUCAAUUGGCCCCUUUAUUGAGGUACUAUGAUACUUUAGCUUAUGGAAUAUUGAGUAGUAUUCACAAAAAAAAGGGAAAUCUCCUGAACCAGCAAAAGUAUUUAAGAAUGAUGAUAGAUGAAGAAACAAAUGCUUCAUUGCUGAGACUUUUAUCAUGCUUUUUGAUGUCUGCUCCACAAGCUAUAAUUCAAUUAGUUUUUUUAUUAUCUCAAUAUAAAAAAGCAUUUAACAGUUUGCCUAUCACCUUUGAAGUUACUUUUCUUGGUUAUCAAACGUGGGCUAUUUUGUGCUCUGUUGUUUCUAUAUCUUGGGCAUUAACAACUUAUCAUAGAUCAGUUAGGUUUGCAAGAGAAGAUAAGGAAAAAUUGUCAACAAUAGCUGCCAUAUUUAUUUUUUGUUGGAAUGCAUUUAGUGCCACUUCCAGAAUUUUGGCAUUGAGUUUGUUGGCAACUUUAUAUCCUGCUUGGUUUGUCACAAUAUGUAUUGCUCAUUGGUUAGUCAUGUCUCUUUGGAUAGACAUGGUUCAUCAUCAGUCCAGUCUAUGUGCCUCAAGAUGCGAAGAAAUAAUAUUUAAUAUCGCAUUAGGAUUAGCUUAUAUAAUAGCAUUUAUUUCUCCAAAAGAUGGACCAACCAGAUACUCAUAUCUGGCUUAUUAUUUAGUAUGUUUCAUCGAAAAUACAGCCACGCUGGUCGUAUGGUGUGUGUCAGAAAUGGUGUCUAAAAAUCCGGAAUUUCAUUAUGGAAUAAUUGCAGUUCAAGUUCUCUCAUUUAUUCUCGGAAUUUUUUUUGCUGUUUCUUAUUAUCGUUUUUAUCAUCCGAAUGGUAAUACGACGGUUAUAAAAAAAACUGUCAAUUUAGCAAAGCAUCAAUAUAAUAACAAAUCGUAA